UUAGCGUCCAUUUAACCUCGUAUGGGUAAUGGAUUAUGAAGAACUUACUGCUGAGGAGAAGGAGAGGUUACGAUUUAUCGGACAACAGAAAGCUCAAUUGAUCAAAAAUAUUGAGUCACUUAAACUUGAGCUGAAUGACAUAACAAAUCAAAUCGAAAGUUUCGGUUUCACGAUUGAUGGAGAAGACCCAUCUUUAUGGCGGCUUGCACUUGGAUGUAAAAAAUUUAAUAGCAAUCCGAAGCAGGGUCUCGAAUACCUUUUUGAUCAAAAUAUAAUAGAACGAUCUCCUGAAGAUGUGGCUAAGUUCUUCAUAGAUCAAAAUGAUAGUAUAUCUAAAUAUGCUGUUGGGACUUAUAUCGGAGAAGUUCGAAAAGAAUUUAACAUGCAAGUCUUGGAUGCAUUUACAAAGUUGCACAACUUUAAAGAUCAAGAGUUUCUACCAGCUCUAAGACAAUUCUUGCUUAGUUUUCAAUUACCAGGUGAAAGUCAAAAAAUUGAUCGUAUUUUGACAAGUUUUUCGGAACGUUAUGUAGAACAGAAUCCUACAGUUUUCAAUUCACCACACGAGGCGUAUGUAUUGUCCUAUGCUGUUAUCCUACUGAACACAACACUGCAUAAUACUAAUGCAAAAAGUCAUAGUCUUGGUUUAGCCGAAGAAAAGACAUUUGUACGCACAAUGAUGGAAUUUGAUGAAGAGACCAAUUUAUCUGAAGAUCUUGUUCGUAAAAUUUAUCAUGCUAUUAAAACAGAACCACUUCGUGCUGUUUCUGAUGAUCUAUCUGUAUAUGGUACCAAUCAGAAUAAUGCCAUUCAUAAAGGCUGGUUAUGGAAACUCGGCGGUAGAGUUAGAAGUUGGAAAAGACGAUGGUUUGUGCUGACAGAAGAUAAUCUACUCUAUUAUUUGACACCAGAACGUUCUCGUCAAACAAAAGGUGUCAUCCAGUUGGAGGGGAUUAAUAUCCGACUGAUAAAUGAUAAAACGAAAGAAUACUGUUUUGAAUUAUUUUGUCCACGGAACCAAUUGAUUAAAUCGUGUAAAGUUGAAAGAGAAUUAGCCUCAGCUCCAGGUCAUCAUACAGUAUAUCGAAUGGCUGCGCCUACACAAGCUGAACGUGAUGAAUGGAUUCGUAUGCUUGAACGUGUUACUCAUCGGUUAGCUGAACGACGUGGCACCCGAAGUAUCAGUGUCGAUUGUACUUCUAGCAGCAGUAGUACCACUGCUGCUGCUGUUGGUGGUGGUGGUUGUGGGCCUGGAUCAUCAUCAAUGACUAUAGGACGAAAACCAGGUGGUGGUGUUGGCGGUGGUAGUCAUUUACCGCCUCCUGUCUCUUCGGUAUCACUUCGACGUAAUGGUGCUGGCAGUCAGCCAGAUUUACCUAGUCAACAGUCUGUGUUAAAUUAGUUCUUAUUAUCUUGUUGGUUUGUUUUUUAUUUUUUAAAAAUUUGUUUCCUCCCUUCUUUGUUUCGAUGCAUUUUUGAUGCAUUCUGAUAAUUGUAAAGUAAAUAUUUUGAUUUUUUUGAUUCUUUCUUUGUUUAUUUAUUUAUUAAUUUUCUGUGUUUUUGUAAUUCCUGUAAUAUCCACACCUCAUUUUUAUUGACAAACAACAGAGACACAAAGAUUGAUCGUGAUGCUCGAUAAACUCUACUCCCCACCACACAGCACCCAUCCGCCCUUUUCUAAACCCAAGUUGUGAAUUUCAUUAGCAUAUAUAUGUCGUUUAGCAAAAACACAUUCCUGUUUAUUCUUCGCCUUUUUACUCUUCUCUCCUCUCUCCUACCGGCCUACCCACCUCUACAACACAUGUUUUCGUUAUUCUCGUUAUUGAUCUGACUUGACCCGAUCUGAUCUGAUCUGAAUUAUUUAUAUUUGCGAUCCCAAAGAUUUGUUUGGCUGUUCGUUUUUAUUUUGUUUUUGUUUAUUUUGGUGAUUGGAUCUUGUUUAUGUGUAGUUUUUAUAUUGCCUGUCAAAUACUCUCCCUCUCUCUCUCACACACAUAUGAAGAGACGUAGUCAACCAAACUAUUCACCACUCAUCCCCCCCCCACACCCAACCCCAUAGUGUGCGUGUCAAUGGGCCGAAAAAAACUACGUGGGAAAGUAGACAAAAAAAACACGGAAUUUUUUGUUUUGAUAGUAUAAAAUGUGUCAUUGUCAAGGUUGGAGAACAAAACAGUGUCCGUGUGAAAUAUACACCGGAGUUGUUUUUAUACUUGUCUGUUUGUUCGUUUGUUGGUUUGUUUCCUCAUGUUUUACCCAUCCUUUCAUUCAUCCAUUUAGGCACUCACUCACUCCCUCGCUCAUUCAUUCACUCGCUGUCUUGUCUUAUGUGUAUAUGGGGAACAAAAAACCCCACUUUCUCUUUUAUUUGUGUGUGGGACAGAGACACAAUGUAUAUUCUAUGUGUGUUAUACGCCCAGAUUCUUUGGUGGAAGUACUGUUUUUCUUCCUUUUUAUUCUUAUUCGUCUUCUCUUCGAGGUGUUACCCUUUUUGUUAAUAGACGUAUUCACUUUUUUUUAUUACUCUAUCUAUCUGUCUCUCUAUUUGCCUAUAGACGUCUAGCUUUGGUGUAUUCUCCCGCCUCAACAGUGAGUGAUUUCAGUAAUAUAUAUUUGUUCUUAUUCUUUCAAUAGUAGUAAUAAUAAUAUGGUAAUACAGGUUCUUCUUCUGGUCUUGGGUUCGAGUCUGUUCACAUAUAUAUAUAUAUAUAUAUAUAUAUAUUGUAAGCUAUUCACUCUGUUCAAUAAUUUUUUGUAUGUAUGUAUGUGUGUGUGUGUGCAUGUAUUGAUGGUCUAAGUGUUUCUUUCUUUUCUCAGGUAUGUAUUUUAGUAAAACUAACUAACUGAUGCGCAUAUUAUGUACUCAUACAGACUUACUUACAUGAGAAGUACUCAGUUUUACAGAUUGUAAAUAUUACAUAUUAAUAUUAAUGAGUGGAGUUUCUCCUCAAUGAUUAAAAAAAUAUAUAUAUGCAUAUGUAUUUAUAAAAUAUAAUUAUUUGUUUAAUUAA